UGUCAGCCACCACGAGGAGUCUUGCUAGAUCGUCUUGAGCUAGAGAUUUACAAAACUGUGUACAUUAUUGUGCCCUAAGAGGUGUUUAGCAAAAACGCGGUAUAUAGAAAACAUAUCUUAAUUCUCUGUCACUGCGAAUAAUAGUCAUGGGAAAGCGCAAGAAGGGAAAGGCAACCAAAAAGACCAAGCAGUCUCAGGCGCAGAAUGCUGAAGAGCAUUAUAAGAAAGCUCCUCAUUCCUUUGUAAUAAAUCGUGGACAUGUUGGAAAAAAUGUGUCAGAACUCAUUACUGAUAUGAGGAGAGUUAUGUCACCCUAUACAGCUUCAAAACUAAAGACAAGAAGGAAGAAUGUGCUGAAGGAUUUUGUGACAAUAGCUGGAACCCUUAACGUGUCUCAUCUUCUCAUGUUUACAAAGUCUGAAACAUCAACAAACUUGCGUGUGACACGCCUACCCCGAGGACCCACUUUGACUUUCCAAGUCCAGAAGUUCAGUUUAUGUAAAGAUGUUGUUUCUUCUCUUAAGAGACAUAAUAUGGACCCAAAGCAAUUCAAUCUACAUCCAUUGUUGGUGAUGAAUAAUUUUACAGGAGAAGGUGUUCAUCUUAAAUUGAUGUCUAGCAUGUUUCAGAAUUUAUUCCCUUCUAUAAAUGUUACCAAGGUGAAGUUGAAUGACAUAAGAAGAUGUGUACUAUUCAAUUAUAACCAAGAAGAUGAAACUAUCGAAUUCAGACAUUAUAACAUCAAGGUGGUUCCUGUGGGGAUGGGCAGAGCAGUGAAAAAACUUAUCAAAGCAAAAAUUCCCAACAUGAGCAGAUUUGAUGAUGUCAGUGAAUUUGUUCUUGGGUAAUGUACCUUUUCUAAUGGGAUUGUCCUGAAAUGACAGGCUAGGGCUAGAAUGAUGAAAAAUUACAUUAGUUGUAAUAAAACAAGUGAACUCAAUUGCU